GUGGUGUCAGAGCGAGUGCCACUGAGCAUGCGCGUCCCCCACAUGGCUAGUAGUAUAAACAUGGCCGUGUCCUCUGUGCGUACACUUGGAUAGAAGGGAAUCUCUGGAGGACACUUAUGGACGUGACAGGUGGGGUUUGUGUCCCCUCUGCGAAUGGAACAUUUGCAAAAAUGCCAACGCCGGAUACUUCAAACAAUCAUGUUGAAGUAACACAAAUACAACCAGAAAGUUACAACAAAAUCCAGAGUGUCAACGGUGGAAAUGUGUCUGUAAACUUCAUGAGCUGCCAGUCGAGUGCAAUGUUUGUUGAUACAAAUAGUGCAGCUUUGACCACAGCUACGACUCGUCCAAGUGACGUCAAGGCAGUUUCCAAUGACCAGACAACACUUGUAUCAGCAGCAACUAUGUCAGAUUCUGCUCCAAAUAAUCAAACUUUUCCACAGAGUCCCUGUAAACCACAAACGGGAAUUAUUGUGCCCAAAUCACCUGGUUCUGUAAUACAGAAAUCAGUUGUAAUUUCUUCUAGUUCAAAUAGUGAGAUAACUACAAAUACUUUAAAUACAUCUGCAAAUAUGCCAGCAUCAUUAGACAGUACAGUACCCAAAAUAGUUGUACAUACAAGUAAGCCUGGAGCAAGCGUACAUGCAAUCAUAGGUAGUAAGUCAGUUCAGGAGAGUACAACCAUGACCAGUGUCAGCCAUUGCCAACAUUCGCAGACUGUACAUUUAUCAGGACAGACAAGCAAGGGCAAAAGUUUGGCACCUGCAUCUCAGACUGGAAUGGUAACAACAACUUCUGUGGCAUCUACCUCAAAAGUGACAAGAGUAGCCGCCAUCACUCAGACACCUGGGAAGGGGACUGUACUUGCUGUACCAAGAGUGAGUACUCCUCAGCAAAAUGGGAUAGCACGGGCUCCACAGACCACUACAAUACAGCUACCUGCAAACUUUAAAAUCCCACAAGGGAUGGUACUUAUCAGAAGUGACAAAGGUCAGCUGAUGUUGGUAUCUCAACAAGCCUUAGCCCAAGCUCAAGCACAAGGUGCUCGACUCCCCAGGCCUGCCGUUACUACGCCUACUCUACGAGCUCCUACGCCACAGGCCGCUGCAACAACAACUCUUAGAAAACAGGAGUCUGCGACCAUUGUCAAAAACCAAUCUCAACAAAUCAGCCCUGCCGUCACGUCAGUGCAAAGGAUGCCAGUAGUAAAGACCACAGGAAUUGCUGUUUCUGCAACAUCAGUUCAAACAGUGAGACCCCCAGCCACAACCCCAGCCCCAGCUCCUACCACAAUCGAGGGAUCCAAAGCAGAGUCUAUUGCACAGAGCCCUGUCUCUGCGGAGACAGUAGAGAAUGCAAAAAAGUGCAAGAAUUUUCUUGUGACAUUAAUUAAGCUAGCCUCCAGUGGAACCCAUUCUGCUGAAAUGGCAAAGAAUGUUAAGGAGUUGGUGUGGAACCUUCUGGAUGCAAAAAUUGAACCAGAGGAAUUUACAGACAGGUUGUACACUGAACUGAAGUCCUCCCCACAGCCUUACCUUGUGCCGUUCCUCAAGAGAAGUUUACCAGCUGUUCGCCAGCUGACCCCAAACUCUCAGCUCUUCAUCCAGCAGUGUGUUCUGCAGAAAGAUGGCAUUGUCUCCACAGCCGCAAUCACAGCACAACAGGCUGUGAAACAGACUUCUGUAACAGUUAUUGCCAACAGCAAAACCAGAGAACCUGCAGAGCUCGCACAGUCAGUGAAACCUGCACACCCAGUGAAACCUGCACAGCCAGCACAGCUGAUAGUUCAGCAAACAAGAGGAGAUGUGGUAAAACCACCAGCAAGCAUUGCGCAAUCCCAGCAAUCAACACAGAUUGUGAACAGAAUCCAGCUCAAGACUCCGGUGACAACCACUUUCCAGUCCAGUCCAUGUCCUGCAGGCAUUGUUGUAAAGCAGGCAUCACUUCUAGGACCUAAAGUUAUCCGUGUGCAUGCACCCCUGAUCCAGAAAAACAAUCUCAAAGAAAAUGGAGCAGCCCUUUUCAGAGAUGAAGAUGACAUCAAUGACGUGGCUUCUAUGGCUGGAGUCAACUUGAAUGAAGAGAAUGCACGUAUCUUAGCCACAAACUCUGAGUUGGUGGGAUCGGUAAUAAGAUCCUGCAGAGAUGAGCCGUUCCUUCUAACAUCUGUUCUGCAAAAGAAAAUUUUGGAAACAGGUAAGAGACAUGGCAUUACAGAAGUAAAUCCGGAUGUUGUGAGUCUUGUCUCUCAUGCCACACAGGAGCGCUUAUGGACAUUGGUAGAAAAAAUGACUGUGGCAGCACAACAUCGGACAAGAUCAUACAAGGAUGAUAGUCGAAAUGUGCUGCUGAAUGACACUCGAUCUCAGCUGAAGUUCUUUGAGCAGCUUGAUCGUUUGGAAAAACAAAGAAAAGAUGAACAGGAAAGAGAAAUGUUGCUACGUGUUGCAAAGAGUCGCUCCAAUAAAGAAGAUCCAGACCAACUGAGAUUAAAACAGAAAGCAAAAGAGAUGCAGCAGUUGGAACUGGCAGAGAUGCAACAGAGAGAUGCAAAUCGAACAGCGCUUGCAGCCAUCGGGCCAAGGAAAAAACGACCAUUGGACUCCUUAGGCUAUGGAUCUGGUAGUGAGAUUGGCAGCGGAGAUGUUACUGGUGCCUCUCAGUCAGCGAUUCCAAAGCAGUUCUCCCGUCUAAGGACAACCCGUGCCAGUCUCAAGGACCUCAUCUUCUGCAUGGAACAGGAGCAAGCCAUGAGGCAAUCAAUCACCUUGUAUCGUGCCUUCCUCAAAUAGUUAUUCACUUCAGUAUUUUGGACAAUUUCUGAAGCUGAAAUUCUUUAUUGCACUAUUCUGAAAUAUUUCAGAAAAUCUAUCUAUUUGUGGAACAUCGUAUCUAGUUUACAAUCAUUUUUUGUUUCUUUUAAUAUAAAUCUGUAUUGCGAAGGGAUGCUUGUGCUCCAUUUAUUGUAGUGCAUUUUCUUCUAGUUUUACAUCAUUGUUUAUUAUUUUCAUUUAAUGUUUUUUUUUUUUUCAGUCAAAUUAGUAGAUAUAAGCAGAUUUAAACUCAUUUGUUCUAAAUGCAUUUGAAAGUGCGGCAUCUUGUAGAAGGUUCAUUUGGAGAUGCCAUGCAGGGUGGCCUAGAAAAACUAGAAAAGUAAAAAAAAAAAUAAAGAAAGAGGAUUUUUAGUGUUGUUUGUAUUGACCGUAUUUAUUUCGAUCCAUUAUACUCUCCCCCCAAAAUAAAAAUAGUAUGGCCUUGACUUUCAAGGAGGGGUAGUUCAAGUCUAUGCCUUACUGUGUUAAGCCAGUGAAAAUGGGCUCUGUGGUUUUGGUUAGAAAAGACAGACAUAUUUCAGGUUUUAUGAGUGAUCUUAAUCUUUGGAACAUCUGCCACUGUGGGGGUGAUCUAACCACUAGAAUGACCAGGAGUGGAUGACAUUUCUGUAUGUGUAUGUUUAGUCUUAAAAAUAAAUAAUGUAAUAAAUAAUUAUUUUCAGCUUAACAACAUCUAAUCUGCUAUUAAUUCUACUAAUCACUGUAGAGCCUUACAUAUUAAAUACAUUUACUGGAAAAUGUGUAAACCUCAAAAGUUCUGAUAUAGGUUAUGUGAUGAAAAUAUUUAUUUUUUCAAUGUACAAGUCAUUUGAAUGGGCGAUCCUCUCUAUAAAGGAUAACAUUUUAUUUUUAUUCAGUAUACUGAAGAGCUUAUUAAAUCCUGUUCUUGAGAGAAAUAUUUCGGAUAUUGUUUUAUUUGUCAGUUUUACCCCUGUUCUUUUACCCAACUUCAUAUGACCAAUUUGAAUGUCGCCUUCACCACUGCAACCCACUGAUCGAUCAGCAGGCUGCCUUGAUUUCCACUUUCAUGCAUAUCGCCUCUUUUCACUUGUCAAACCUAAGCACCAGAUGUUACCAAACUACUGAACCCUGGGGGCAAGGACCCAGCUUGGGAAGUCUUCUCAUCAGCAGUGGCUGCUGAAGUACGAUGAGGCACACCAGCUCCUGCCUACUUUCCUCCCUGGACCAAAAACUUGACUUAUCAUACACCAAUUAAAUAGUGUGUUGACUAAAGAAGUGCUAUUGUUUCUUAUCGAACUAGCAGGAGACUAUCCAUUAUAAAGUAAUUUUGCAAUUAUUAUUGAAAAAAAUGUUAUAGUGAUUGUUUUCUUUUUUUUCAUCUAUUUUGGUAUAAAUUCGAUCUCCUUCUGAGGUAAGGUAGUACCUGCUAUGGCAAUGCCAAAGAUGUAAAAUACUGUUUAUUUGUUCUGUGUUGUAAAUGCUCAAAAUAUUAUUUGUUGAAGUUUUUCAUAAAUUUUGGAUUUGGUUCUAUAAUGCUCCCUGGUGUGGCAGAAUCUGUUUCAUUAAGUAUUCUCACAUAGAUUUGUUUUCUGUCUGUGUCAACACAGGUAAUUCAAAUACUUCUUUGCACUGUUGUAAGUGUGACAUUGUGAAAUGCAGCUUGAUUGGAGCCACUAAUCACUGGAAAUGUGUUUUGUAUUUUUGAAGUACUGUUUGUUAAACUUUCCAUUCUUACAAUAGCCAAAAUGUAAUGCAGGAUACAAUUUAUUUACAAACAAUAAUCUGUCUGCACUGCAGGAAGAUGCAAUAUUGUCUUAAAAGAAACCAACAUUUUUUUUAUUUUUUUAUUUUUUGUUAAAGCUUGUCAAACAAGUUUGUAAAAUGUACUUGACAUGGGUUAAAUGAUUUUAUAUACUGUUUUAAAAAACAAAAAACAAUUAAAGUUACUGUAAGCUA